AUGGUGAUAGGUCUCAUGAUACUCACGGCGAUUCCGACUGUAACGGGCGUCGCGCAAGCUAUUUCCGGCCAAAAGAAGCGAGAGGAGCAAGCGCAGGAAGAGAAGCGUAUGCAGAAGUUCCACAUCGAUAUCAUCUGCGAGGCCGAUGCGCCAAUCGUCCAGAAAGAAAUCCACGGCCAUAGGAUCGUCCUCAGGGACGAUCGUGUCUUCAUCGGCGAGGCUCAAGCCACGAAUCCGUCAAGUGAAGGCUACGUCGCUGAAGCGUUCUAUAUCGAGUAUCCAGAUAAGGAGAGGAAUCCCGUCCCGCUGGGCCUCGUCAGUCAGACCCGCGCUGAUCCUCCGCUGCUGAAUUGGAUCUAUGUCGACAAUGACACUGCUGAGCUGAAAUACGGCAAUAAGUCUCAGAGUAUCGAGCAUCGCGUCGGACCGUGGGACUGGACCAAAGAUGAGACAUACGUCAAGUUCGCUAAGGCUCAGCUCUUCGUAGCCGUCGAAAACCCGAAGACCAAGAAAUGGCAACUCUAUUGGGACAACGAUGAAGAUGGACUCUCGAAAUAUUGUCCAUUGAAGUGGAAGAAGGUCUACGUCACAUUGGAGCGGACAAUCAUCCCGGGAACGUGA